AUGGCCAUCCUCAAACUCGCAACCAAAUGCCUCUUCCUUCUUUCUCUCACUCAGCCCUGGCAUGGCUUCGCCGGUGCUGAGGUCUUGAAGCAAACGUGCAUCAAUCACUCAUGCAGCGCCAAACGCGUUACCCUCUCAAACCCCCCCGUCAAUCUUUGGGAUGCUAACGUCAUCACCGGUUUUAACGCUCUCAUGCUCAGCUUAAACAACCAGAAUGAGACCAAAGUUGUGGUUUUCGACAGCGACACAGCUGAUUUCUGGGCCGCCCCUAUCGACCUGAAUAUCUUCCUGCCAGAUGCAAUCCCAGGACGCAAUUCUUCGGCUCUUUUGGAGAUGUACUACGCAAACUUGGAUCUUCUCUUGACAACCCCAGUCAUUUUUAUCGGCGAGGUCAAUGGCCGAGCUUGGGGCGCUGGAGAUGAACACCUGCUUCGAAUGGACAUGAGAUUCGCCGGGCCAGGUGCACAAUUUGGCGCCCCUGAGGCUGCUGUCGGACUUAUUCAUGUUGGUGGGAUGCAGCAGCUAGUGAGGUUGAUUGGUCCAGGCCGUGCGUCUGAGUACAUGCUCGCCGCAGCGCAGGUCUCUGCUACCGAAGCAGCUCGUGUGGGAUGGGUAAAUUCCGUGCAUCCUACCGCCAAGGCUCUUCGAGCACAUGUUGAUGGUUUGGCUGCGAGGAUUUCGCUCUUUUCUACCGAGACAAUUCGGGCCACCAAGGCUAGUAUUGCCGAGCAGGCCCCUUUGAAGGCAGCCUUGGAAAAUGAUCGUGCUCGGUUUGAUCAGUUGGCAGCGCUGCCACUGGUGCAGCAGAAUGUGGAAGCCAUUAUCCGGCUGUCUCAUAACCAGUCUAAAUCUUGGGAAGAGAAUAACAACGAUAACAUUGUUCAAAAGCUCUACUGA